AUGUCGUCACAGGAGGAACUCCCAAUGAGGGCCUCCGAGCUUGGAUACGACAUAACCAAACUCGGGUUGGCCGUCAUCCCCCGGGCCAUUCGAGAUAUGAAGAUUCGGAGAGUCGACUUCGAGUCGGACUACAACGAGUACCAGUCAGUGCGCAUCUGGAUGGAGUUCCAAAGCCAGAUCCUCCCCAGCGAAGAACGGUACCGCCCGGCCAGUCUGAUUGUGGCACCCUGCGACUUCAGGGGAGUGUCAACGAGCGCGAUUCGCGUGUGCCCGCUUAAAUGCAAGCCAGACAUCGUGGUUGUCGACCUGCUUCAGACACUAGUGAAGCACGAUAUGCAAUACUUCGACUUCAUCGGCCUGGAUGGCUGUCGCGACUUUGUAACCCAAGCAGUUUAUCAGUUCCGCGAGGCCGGGUACGUGGAGACUUCUAUCGACAAAUCCCCCUGGAUCGAAGAGGGAUUCCCGGUCAGCGACGCAUUCGCCGCCAUGGGGCUGCGCUUCCAGGGCGAGCCCCGCGGACUGCCGUUCGCAUGUCCCAUCGACGCGGGCCGUUUCGGUAAGUACACGCGCGUGGUGACUUCCGCGAUGCCCUACGUCGGCACGUGGAGGGCCCGCGAACUCGAGGAGGAGCAGCUUGGGUGGGAAUGACGAGAGACACUACCUAAUUAUUCAAGUUCCAGGGCAAGCUCCGGGGCAAGUUUUGGAAGCCUCGGGAAGUUUGCGGCAAGUCGCAGAGGACAGGAAGUUGGUAAUUGGUAAUAGGUCACGACGAGCGAACGCCCCUUUUGAUACUCUUCAUUAUUUCUACUCCUUAAUAUGUCACCAGAUAAUUUGCUAUGCGUUGCCCGUUCCACUUCUUGAUAAUAUUUGCUGCUGCUGUCUUUUCAUUCGGAAUCUAUGCAACAAUCCAUCCACACGGUCGACUCCUAAUCUAUU